AUGAAUGCCACGGACAGCAACAGCGGCGUCAACGGCAACGACAGCAACAACACGAUCGCGGCCAAGACGGGCGCGCACGGCAACAGUGCUCGUCUGCAGAGCGUGAUCGGCAAGCAGAGCAGCUGCGUGCGCAAGAUGAGCACGAUGCCGGAGGAGGAGGAUGCCUCGGACGAUAUGGAUCCUGACGCGAUAAGGAUAGGGCACCACCACCAUUAUCACCAUCAUCACGACGCCGAUUCGGAUUCACCUGUCGAGGAGAGCGGCCGCCUGUUGUCGAGCACCGCCGACUCGGCCGCCCAUCAUCGAAAGAUCGCCAUCACCCCUUCGAGCUCGAGCAACCUCCACCACUGCAACGGCUUGAGAAAGCCCAUCCCCCGCAACGACAGCGGGAACAGCAUCCACGAGAGGGCGUACUCCCGCCUCCAACAAUCGAGAUCCGGGGACCAGGUCGGUCAACAACCGGAGGCCGCGAGGCUGCAUCGCGACAAUCCUCAGGGUAUACUCAGGUCCUCUGCUCGGGGGAUCGACGGCGGACGUUCGUAUCGUUGCUCCAGCGUGAGAUCGGUGAAAUCUAACCCGACGAUGGAUGAACACCAUCACCAGUAUCAUCCACCGGCGGCCAGCUGGGCAUCGAUCGUGUUCUCGGACGGAAACGGGCAGACCCACGUCCGCACGCUUCCCGAUUCCGUCUCUAUACGCUCUCUAGCAUCGAUCGGCAUGGGCUCUUCCAACGGGCGGAAGCUCACUAUACGUAGAGUUCUCACUUCGCCGUCGGAGCUGCUUAACAUGGUACAUCCGCCGCCAUCAUUCGAAGAUGACUUGUCCGUGUGUACCAGCUUCGACGAUGCUGAAGAUGACGCUCAGGACCCAGGAGACUACAGACAAUCUAGACGACCACAUUGGGCCAACAAAAUGCAAUUUGUCCUUGCUUGUAUCGGUUACUCUGUUGGCCUUGGUAAUAUUUGGAGGUUUCCUUACCUGUGUUACAAAAGUGGCGGUGGUGUGUUCUUGGUACCUUACUUCUUAAUACUUAUAGUAUGUGGAGUACCAUUAUUAUAUAUGGAACUUAGUAUUGGACAAUUUACACGAAGAGGACCGAUCGGUGCUCUCGGUCAAAUCUGUCCUUUAUUUAAAGGAGCUGGCUUGUCUUCGGUAGUAAUAUCAUUUUUGAUGUCGACUUACCAUAACGUCAUAAUAGCCUACGCUAUAUAUUAUUUCUUUACGGCGUUCAGAGCAAAGCAACCAUGGUCCGACUGCGAAAAUUCAUGGAACACAUUGGCAUGCUGGUUACCUACUUACAGUGGCAUCGAUAAUAGAACAAGACCAAACGCUUCGAGAACUCCGGCAGAAGAAUUUUUCGACAACAAAGUACUCCAAAUUAGUAAUGGAAUCGAAGAAUCAGGGCCAUUAAGAUGGGAACUGAUUGCUUGUCUGAUCACCGCUUGGAUCAUGGUAUAUUUCUCCGUUUGGAAGUCCAUCAAAUCAUCGGCACAAGUGAGAUACCUGACCGCGACUCUGCCAUUUUUAAUCGUCGUCUUCCUCAUGCGGUCCCUUACCCUUGAAGGUGCUGACAAGGGUCUGCAAUUUUUCUUCCACCCUCGUUGGGAGCUGCUCGCCGACGCGAAGGUUUGGAUCUAUGCAACCGCUCAAAUUUUCAAUUCCGUGGGCAUAGCGUUUGGUUCGAUGAUAUGUUUUGCGAGUUACAACAAAUUCCAUAACACCAUCCUAAUAGACACUAUGGCUGUUUCGCUCAUAAACGGUUUUAGCAGCUUACUUGUUGGAAUAUUUUCAUUUGCGACUAUCGGCAACAUUGCUCUCGAACAAAAUAUGUCUGUCGAAGAUGUUUUAACAGAUGGACCUGGCCUCGUAUUCGUUCUUUACCCGCAAGCGUUAGCCAAGAUGCCAGCAUCGCAAGUAUGGGCCGUGUUAUUUUUCUUUAUGCUAGUCUGUCUUUCUUUGAAUAGUCAGUUUGCAAUAGUGGAAGUUGUUGUAACAUCGAUACAAGAUGGCUUCCCGAAAUGGGUAAAACGUCAUUUAACGUGUCAUGAAAUGUUAGUACUUUUAGUAUGCGUUAUAUCAUUCUUGUUUGGCCUACCUAAUAUCUCGCAGGGUGGGAUUUAUUUUUUCCAAUUGAUAGAUCAUUAUGCUGCCUCGAUAUCGAUAAUGUUUUUAGCCUUUUUUGAAGUAAUUGCGAUAUCUUGGUUUUAUGGCGUACGAAGAUUGUGCAAUAAUGUGAAAGAAAUGACAGGACGCGUACCGUCCUCGUAUUUCCGAUUUUGUUGGCUCAUCGCUGCACCUUUUCUUAUUAUGGCUGUGUGGGUAUUCAGUUUAAUUGAUUAUGAACCACCGACCUACCACAAUGGUGAGUACAAGUACCCAUGGUGGGCAGAGGCGAUCGGCUGGGGAAUAGCCUCUCUUUCGCUCAUUUGCAUUCCCGCUUUCGCUAUCUACGAGUUCAUCAGAGCCAACGGGAACACUUGUGCAGAGAAAUUACGGAACUCUAUUAAGCCGCAUUUCGAAGCGUGUAAAAUUUGCGGCCAAGAAUACUGUAACGAGUCCAUGCACAAUUUCGAGGAGGAUGUGAUCAAGGAACAACAGGACGCGAAUAGUCCGAUACAAUUGAGCAUCAGCACCCCUCUGUCGAAAUCCCAAACGUAAAGGGAUAAAGCUAAUCGUUCGAAAACACGGGUAUCUUCUAUAUAUAUAUAUAUACGUUUCUGGAAAUGAAAAUGUUUAAUCGAAAACGUUAGCUAGAAUUGAUGUUUGAUUUCUUGCUCUUUGUUAUUUAGUAUACAAUUUAUCGUGGUUUAGUUAUAUACUUGUCAAAAAUUAAGUUUUGGAAUCGCAAAUUUUGUAAAUUUGUUACACGAAAACUAUAAAAAGUAUUUAGAAUUAAAUAUUAAGAUCGAUAUUUAACAAUUUUAGUAAACAAAUUUAAUUAUUAUAACGGAAUGAUUGUAUUAUCCUUCGAUGCUGAUAAUCUUUUAAUAUCAAGAGAUCAUUUAGAUCAGAGGAUAUUUUUUAAUAUUGAAUAAAAUAUAAAUAAUUUAGUAUACAAAAAAUUUUUUACAAGAAAAUUAUAAAUAUUUAAUUUAUGAUGUUGCUCGCAUCAUUCUACUUGGAAUUCUAGAGAUUAAGAUAAAAGAUAAGAUAAUUUAUGAUCUUGCAAUAUUCUUCAAUAUAAUAUUUUUUUCAUUGCGAAGUAUAAAUACUCGCAAUUAUUUAUGAACAUUUUCAAAUACUUGAAAUAAUGGUAAUUCAAAGAAAAUUGAUUCUAUAUCCAUCAUUGUAUAUAAAAAAAAAUUUCAGAACAUUUGUUGAAAAACUUGGCAAUACGAGGAUCCGAUACGAG